AUGUUAUUCAGCCUCAUACUUGCUCUUGGUCUCAUGGCGACAGCCAACAGUUUUAAAUUCCAGUCGGAGGAAUAUGUCAACGGGGACUUUUUCGACAAACGCUGCGUCAAAGCUUUGACAACCGACAUUGAAUGCGACCAGUACACCAAAAUGAUAGGGCAAUAUAGGUCAAUGGGAUGGUCGGGAAGUAAUACAACGGCCGAUUACAUGUGCUUCGCAUCAUGCUUCGACUCCCUCCAAAAAUGGAACCAGACAGUGACCACAGAGUGCGCCAAGGACCUCAGCAGAGCCUUCCCCCCGUACCAACUUGAAGACAUGGUCAAUUUAGCCAACGAGGUGCGGCAAAUGUGGAACGCAACCUGUAUCAGAGAUACGGGAUCGGGUCGCUAUUGCUUUGAACCAUGCAAUCCCUGCUACGGCAUGGUCGUCAACGCUAUGUUGAAUGCUUCGAUAGAGAUGGACUUAUGGGGAUUGGAUGAUGAUUACUGGAAAGGCCAACUUGAACUUGUCCAUGCAAAGUGCGGAGGUCCUGACAAGAUUGAGAAGGACUUUGAACAACAAAAGGUUUACAACGCUUCUCAUCCCAGAGAGCCAGAGUUGCUGAAGAACAUGGGUACAUCGGCUAAAAUUGGGGGAGUCUGGUUUGCAGUGCUCUUCUAUGGUUGCAGUAUCUUCAUAUUAUAA